CCGCACAGGCAGCGACGCCUGGUCGUCGUCCGAGCACUUCUCCUCCCUCCCUGCGGCGCCUCCUGCAUGGCCGCCGCCGCGUCUUCCUCACUGGGCUACUGAUUCUCCUCCUGGAUCGCAGCCGGCAUCUCUCCACGUGGAAGGUGGUGAUUCCCAAUGGCCAACAGUUGUGUGGCCCGCUGUGGGUCAUCGCUAUCCAUUCAGGCUGGCGCUACCAGACAAGUCGGUCCUCAGGAGACAUCUGUUCGUGUGGAGAAACAGUGUCGGCCUUCUUCUGCAUGCUGUAUUGGUUAUGUCACCACUGACAGUGGUUCCUUGAAGUCCCGUGUGGCCAAGUCUGCAGCAGCGGCGCAGCACUCGCCAACCUGUUGCAAAAUUUGCAAUUCGACAAUCAGUCCAAGCCACUUGGCGAAGAAUCACAGUGACUCUUCGCAGAACUCUCUAACCAAGAAUGGCCAGAAGAGGGACAUAUAUCGCAAAUGUAUGUCCAUGCAUGUAGUAAACAGAGUGAGGCACAGUGUGAAACCGGCGGACCGGGCAGAUCGCAAGUCCAGCAAGUUUUGCACCAAUGUUUGGCUUGAUUCCCGACAUCAUCAGCACUGUGUGCGGGAUGAUGUGUCGAUAUGCAGGCGGGAAGUGGACACAGUUUGUUCGGUUGCUCCUCAUCGCGAUAGGCAUGCCGAGACAGGAGGAAGAAGCUCCUCGCUGUCAAUUGUAAGCCAUUGUCUCAGAACCAUGCCAGGCUGGUCAUCAUCAGUAUCCACUGUCCGCAAGUGGGGACACCUCGCUGUUGUCACUGCCGAGAUUACCUCUGGCGAUCGGCCACCUCCAUCCUCUCCACCGGCAGACACGGUGGAUGCUGACGGUCCGUUCCCCACAACGACAAUGACAACUGAGGCACCACCUGAGCUUCCAUCUGACCUGCAGUGUGUAGAGACAGGCAGCGGCGACGUGGAAUGUGUUCUUGUGAAAGAGGAUGGCAGUGUUGUCACAGCUAAGCGAUCCCCUGCGAUGAUGGCAGCAGGUAAGAGCACUGCAGCAAGCACGUUUAACGGCCAGUCGCUUGCGCAGAGUAUAGGAGAGGCCCUGCUUUUGAUAUCUCCAUUCUUUUUCUGGGGUACAUCUAUGGUGGUCAUGAAGCAGAUUCUUCCAAAGGUUGGGCCUUUGUUUCUUGCCAGUGUGAGGCUGAUUCCAGCAGGCAUGCUGGUAGUUGGAUUUGGCGUGUGGCAGAAGCGGAGGAUGCCAGCAGGUGCAUUGGCCUGGACGACGAUCAUUCUGUUUGCUCUUGUGGAUGGCACUCUCUUUCAAGGUUUCUUAGCAGAAGGCUUGCAGCGAACAAGUGCUGGGCUUGGAAGCGUCAUAAUUGACUCGCAGCCGUUAACGGUUGCAGUCCUUGCGACUUUGUUCUUCGGGGAAUCUUUGGGCCCUCUUGGGGUGUUAGGCUUGCUGCUUGGGGUCCUUGGGUUAUGCCUGAUAGAGGUGCCAUUGGAUGUGCUGCUUGGCUUUUUCAAAAGCAGCGUUACGUCGCCGGUAGCGUCCUCGGUACCGGGAAUUGGGACUGGAAUGGCAGGCGCCUUAUCUGAUGCAGUGGCUGGUGUUGUUGCCCAAGGCCCGGCAGCAGAAAUUGGUACCCAAGGAAGAAGCCUGUGGGAUGCUGGAGAGUUUUGGAUGCUUCUGGCGGCGCAGAGCAUGGCGGUGGGAACAGUGAUGGUAAGAUGGGUUUGCAAAUACAACGACUCGAUUAUGGCGACAGGGUGGCACAUGAUUCUUGGGGGUGCUCCUUUGCUGUUGCUGUCAUUGUAUAAUCAGGAACCAGUGCUCAGUGGUGGUGGCUAUGUCGCAGACCUUACCGCUGGCGACAUUGCAGGCCUCCUGUAUGCAUCUAUUUUUGGAAGUGCUGUCAGUUAUGGGGUCUUUUUCUACAAUGCAAACAGAGGCAGCUUAACAAAGCUGAGCUCACUCACAUUUCUGACGCCUAUGUUCGCUACACUCUUCGGGUAUUUGUUUCUCGGAGAAGUACUCUCUGAAGUACAGUUGAUUGGAGCUGCAACCACACUUGUUGCUAUCUCACUUGUAAAUAGUCACCCAUCAAGUCCUGAUUCCGAUGAAGCCGUGCUCUCCAAAGAUGAUUGAUUGAGUGGUUGACUGAUUAAUCAAUCAAUUAGCUGAUUGAUUGAUUGAUUGAUUGAUUGAUUGAUUGAUUGAUUGAUUGAUUGGUUGGUUGGCUGGUUGGUUGGUUGAUAGAUUGAUAGAUUGAUUGAUUGAUUGAUUGAUUGAUUUGAGGGUGUGAUCGGCAUUGCAAUGUCCGGUGAAUAUCCUUAAAUAAAAGGGUAUGCCCUCUCCACAUAAUUGAUCGUUGAAGGUUUUUUUAUUUUUAUUUUUUUAAUACUGAUCUCAAAACUAAUGCCACUGUUUCUUCUUUUUUUUUUUCUCUUCAGAAUUAUCACUUUUAUUUAAUUUCCUGUCAACGUCAGUUGAUGUGCGGCUGUGAUCUGAUGGUGUUGAGCCUUGCAUAACUCCAUUUUCACUCUGAUACAGCCACAACUGUUUGAUUGGAACAGAUGAAAACAUAUAAUUAUGUUUUCAUUUAUGUUUUCAUUUUCUAAAUCUCUAAGUAAUUACGUCGUAGUCGGCGUCAAGCAGACAGAAUUUGUGUCCCGGUCUGACGGAUAGUCACAGCCACAGCUUAGGCACCCUUUUGGUCAUUUGUGGCUGCUGCUCAUCAGGUUCCCAUUGACUAUCGUUGUUCGUCGAUAGCUUGGAAAGUUCCUUCUUUUUUCUUUUUUUUUUCAAAAUUCAAAGUUCAUUUCUCAGAUACCUGUUGGUUUGUCAAAUUAAACGUAUUCGCUGUGUUAAGUUUUGUUAGCAUACCCUUUAUUUUUUAAAUGAUAGUUAUUAUUAUGAGUAGAGCUGUCAGAGGACUAGAACUCUUGGAAAAAGAAGCAUCACUCCACUUACUCCACACUCGACAACAAUAGAAACACUCGCGAAUUUCUUAGCGCUAAGAAAUUUCUUAGCCCUUCUACAGCGCUACAUAAGAAGGGUAUGAACUGUAGAAGGGCUUUAUUUUUUACAUAAGAAUUUCUUAGCCCUUCUACAGCGCUAGAUGGCAGUGCCAGCUCGUUCUGAUGGUUGGGGAAGGAGGCACACUCGCGGAAAAAGAGGACGGAGCGGGGGUAGGACGGAGGACGCUAGAAAACCUGAGUGUUGCAGGCUGUGAACUGUAUACAAAUUGAGACUGUCCCCCUUCGAGAGCGAGCGCUUUCUGACAGCUCUCGACGGAAGGGUGUUGUCACGAGUGCCAGAGUACUAUAGUAAGUGGAGCGAGGAGUUACUCUGGAAACUUGGAGCGAG